AUGUCCAAGUUCGUUGUUUACGAGAAGGUCGCCGAGGCCAUCUACCAGCGCGUCGACAAGAGCACCGCCUCCCCCGGUAUGCAGACCUCCAUCAACCUUGGUUCCGGUCUCAUCGCCGGUUUCGCUGCCGCUCUCGUUUCUCAGCCCGCCGACACCAUGCUCUCCAAGAUCAACAAGACUAAGGGCGCACCUGGUGAGAGCACCACUUCUCGUCUGAUCAAGAUUGCCAAGGACCUUGGUNNCUUCGCGUAA